CCCUCUCUGUCUACCCCUGCCCCACUCAUGCUCUGUCUCUCUGUCUCUGUCUCUCAAAAAUAAACAUUAAAAAAAAAUUAAAAUGGGUUGUUGUGAUAACUUAAUACAUUUUCUGAAUACUCUGUAAGUAGUUUAUGGUAUUAGCCCAAUUUAGUCUUCACAGUCACCCAGGAUGUAGGGUCCCCGUUUUCCUGACACUCCCCACUGAGGCACAGAAAGGUGACAUGACUUCCUUAAGUCGCAGCACAACUAAUGACCAGGAGUUAAGCUCAUACAGAUCAUAGUUUUAGCCACCACAUUAGGAUGCCUCACCAACUUGGUUUGUUCAUUUAGUUUCAGUUAACAAAUACUGAUUUUGUUCCCCUGUGGACCAAGUUCUUUGCUGGGUGCGAGAGACAGAGCAGAACGGCACACAGACCUUGCCCUCCCAGUGCUUGCAGAGAGUCUGUGGCUCUCACCAGGUUCUCCAGCGCUGUUUGUGAUCCCAAGUGCCACUGAAAAGUUUAUUGCAGGGACAUGACAAGAUCACAUUUUGAGAGGUUGGAGAGAAGCUCAAGUGAUUAACUGAAGCCCUGGAUGAAAACAGGAUCUCUAAGGAGAAACUGUAAGGUGCAAUAAGUACCUUCUGAGUCCCAGGACGGUGGCAAUUAGCCAAUAGUUGCAGGCAUGUUGUGGAAGUUGCUGAUAAGAUCCCAGCCCUGCAGGCUGUGUUCUUUCAGAAAGAUGCUAUCGGCUCCAAAAUACAGACCCUUUCUAGCGUGCUUCACCUAUACAAAUGAUCAUCAGUCAAACAAAGAAAAUAAAAGAACAGUGGAAAAGCUCUAUAAAUUUUCAGUCGACAUCAGGAAAAUUCGCAGACUAAAAGGAUGGGUACUUUUUGAGGAUGAAACCUAUGUUGAAGAAAUUGCAAAUGUUUUACAACAACUAGGUGCUAAUGAAACCGCUGUAGCCAGUAUUUUGGAACGCUGCCCAGAAGCAAUUGUCUGCAGUCCAACGGCUGUUAACACCCAGAGAGAACUCUGGCAGUUGGUCUGCAAAAACGAGCAAGAGUUAGUCAAGUUAAUAGAACAGUUUCCAGAAUCUUUCUUUACGGUUACAGACCAGGAAACUCAGAAGCUGAACAUUCAGUUCUUUCAAGAGUUGGGACUCAAAAAUGUGGUCAUUAGCAGGUUUUUGACAACUGCAUCUAAUAUUUUUCAUAAUCCUAUUGAGAAAAAUAAGCAAAUGAUAAGUAUUCUCCAAGAGAGUUACCUAAAUUUAGGUGGCUCCGAGGCCAACGUGAAAGUUUGGUUACUGAAAUUAUUAAGCCAAAACCCAUUUAUUUUGCUGAAUUCUUCUGCAGCUAUAAAGGAAACACUAGAAUUUCUCCAGGAGCAAGGUUUCACAAACUUUGAUAUUCUCCAGCUUCUCUCCAAACUCAAAGGAUUUCUUUUUCACCUUUGCCCCAGAAGUAUACAGAACAGCAUUUCCUUCUCUAAAAAUGUUUUUAAAUGCACAGAUCAUGACCUGAAGCAAUUAGUUUUGAAAUGUCCUGCCAUUUUAUAUUAUUCUGUUCCAGUUUUGGAAGAGAGAAUUCAGGGAUUAUUGAAAGAAGGAAUUUCCAUAGCUCAGAUAAAAGAGACGCCAAUGGUUCUUGAAUUAACACCGCAGAUAGUACAGUACAGGAUAAAGAAACUGAAUUCCCUAGGCUAUAGAAUAAAGGAUGGACAUCUGGUAAAUCUAAGUGGAACAAAAAAAGAAUUUGAGGCUAACUUCGGCAAAAUUCAGGCCAAAAAAGGAAGGCCAUUGUUUAACCCUGUGGCACCAUUAAACAUUGAAGAGUAACUUGCAGACUGCUGCUGCUUUCUAGCAUUGCAGAGUGAAGCCGAGUAGCAGGGACUGGAGUCAGUUUGUAGGCACUAGUAAUUUUAAGAAACUGCUUAGCUUCUGAGUUGUCUCAAGUUACAUCUGAGUAGAUAAUCUCUGACUCAUUUGCUAUAUUUUAAGAUAUAAACUGCAUUUAUUUUAAAUAAAGUUGGUAAUUUUGACUUUGAGCUAUUUCAAAAACUCCUAUACUAGUAAAUGGCACAUCAGAGUGAUA